AUGCAGAAAACAACAGAGGGUCCUGACAGUCCUAGUUUUCAAGUUCUUGAUGGUUCAGUACUAGUGACCCCCAACAAAGCCUUCCAGUCAGACACUUCAGAAGGUCAAACAUCAGACAGAAGCUUGUCUGGUGAAGAGCCUGAUGACAGCGAUAAUGAAACAAAGUAAUACCAUCUUUACGUGACUUUUUGUUUGUAAUGUAGUUAAUUUUUUAUCUCAGGUAAUUUUUAAUUUUCCUUUGUUUCAACUUCAUUAGCAUACAUUACCAUACCCUCAAACAAAAUAAAAACAAAAAUUACCAGAGAUAAAAAAAUAACUUCAGCAUAUAUAUUAUUGUAUACAGAAGCCCCAGAAAUUGUGCAUAUCUAUCCCAUGAAAAGGACUGAAUUUUCCUGGAUGGGUGGGUUUUAGAGGAUGAAAUUAAUGUUAGUAAUAAAAUAUGUAAACAUGUGAUAAUUGUAAUUUUGUGAUCAACAGGUUUAUUAGAAAUGAAAAGCCUUUUGUUUAGGAGGAAUGGAAGUCUUAUGACCAUAUCCAUUAGUUUAUUGAUACAAAGUUCCUGAUUAUGUUAAAAGGUGCACUGCCUAAUGAGAGGACUUCUGUUUCUGGGUUACUGAAAUAACUUUGACACUGCAACUUUUUAUACUCUUCAUGGAUCUUUAGUAAGUGUGAUUUUCUUUUUUGGUUGAAUACAUGCUUGGCAUUUUGUUCUAGUAUGCAGAAUAUACUGACACUGUUAGAGGACAGUGAUGAAAACAGUGGUACCAGCAGCUCAGACUCUGAUAGUGAGCAUGAUGCCCAGAGUGAAGACGAUGAUGAAGAUGAAGAUGGAGACCUUAGUGGGGAAGAACUAGUAGAAGAGCUUGUCAGGUAAUUCUGUGAUUAACUUUUUUUACCCAUCUAGAUAUGUAGGUUUAUAGCACUGGUGGAAUUUUCAUCCCAUCCUUCAAACAAAAUUAAUAAAGAAAUGGGAAAAUAUGAAUGUAAUGAUGUUAUUAGAUGCAUGUACAUGCUUGGCUAUAUGCACAAUUUGUUGAUCUGACUGUGCCUUUCUUUUGUAGUGACAGUGCAACAGUGAACAGCCAGGAGGAAGAAGAUGUGUAUAGCCAGUAUCCCAUUGGGCCUGGGCUCCAGUUUUCACGUGCAGAGGAAGCACAUACCCACGUGGAGGAACUGCUCAAGAUUGAGGAACAAAAAUUUAUCAUUUCAGAGACAAGGCUUAUUGAUCUUUUUAGAGGGAGAUGCCAGGAACCUGGCUGUGCUAGCGAAUGCACUGUGAAGUCUAAAAGUGUUGGCUGUACCAUGGAGCUGUGGUGGAAGUGUCAGAAUGGCCACAAGGGCAAAUGA